AUGUUUAGGUUUUCCUUUUUUUUCAAUCUCAUCUGCCUCUAUUUGGCUAUCAAAAGUGCACUGAGUGUAGAAAUGGAUUCGAAUGAUCAAAAGUUUGCCGAUCUGCGAACAUCGGGGCAUGAAACGGCAGAGGGUGGUGCGUCAGAUCCGGACACCCUUCGACGGGAGGAUAGUGCCGAAGGGCUGAACAAAAGGGCUGCCGCCAUGUGGUUCGGACCGCGGCUCGGUAAGCGUACCAUUGCAACGGAUUUGCACGACGAUCUGGUGGAGGAGUUCGACAGUGCACCGCUCGGUUACGCGGGCGAACCGCCACAGAAGCUGGCUACCGAACUCGUCCAGGGCGCACCGUACAUGGUGCUAUUACUCACAGCGAAACCUCGAAAACCACAGCCAAUAUUUUACCAUACGACGUCGCCGCGGCUUGGGCGGCGGGAUUCGGUCGGUGAGAAUCAUCAACGGCCACCGUUUGCACCACGGCUCGGACGAAAUCUACCCUUCUCGCCACGGCUAGGACGUGCGUACAACGGUGGAUAUCCGCUACCAUUCCAGUUCGCGUACUGA